AUGAAGCUUCGACACACCAUCCGUCCUCCGGUACGUUAUAGUGAUGAGAUAGUCUACUCCCCCGGGACAUCUCCACGGCGUAUGCGGAAAGAUAACAUGGUCAAGAAUCCGCAAUAUAUCGAUUACGUUCCGAACCAACGCCCUGCCGCGUUUCCGACGCGGAAUUUCCCACGCGCCUCCCCACAAAAUGGAAACACGGAGGACGGAUCAGGUCAAAACAUACAAAGAAACGGGAGGAAGGGCCUAGAGAGCUCCUGUUCGUUGACAGACCCCGGGAGCCAUGGCCGCAACUCUUUACACCCUGGCUUAGAGGGCGUACCGGCGGAUCAGCUUGACAAUUACAUUGCGAGCAAUGGGGACCUAAACCCGACAUGGGUCAGCAAUAUGGCUAAGAUGGCGGCUCCAGGAUAUAACUUCCCCAACGACGCUAUGGAUCUGGAUGUAAAUAUGGGGUACGCUGCUUAUGAAGCUAUGGUUCUGGAUAUGGAAGACACUGAUGUGGAUGGGGCAAUAUCCGAGGCUCCUGGGGUAAGCUCCGUUGACUCUGACUCCGACGAGUGGUCGUCAGAAGAGGCGUCGCUAACUUCCCAAUCUCAGCCUUCUUCGACAGGACCACGAGACCCAAGCUGGAGCGAUCUCUCAUGCCGAAUGCAAGCUGAAAUACUGGAAAAUCUACUCGAGCGUUACAGCCGCCCCACCGUAUGUCGUAUGCUCGGGUUGACCGCCGAGGAAAGUAGUGCAAUUAAGGAGCUCAUAAGAUCUCGCCGGGAGCAAGAAAAAUUGGAAGACACCGUGCUGAAAGCCAUGCGAGAAAAGCAAUUGAGAGAAUUUAUGAAAAUCGACAACAGUCUUCGGAACCAAACCCAAUCACCGCACCUCGGUUUCCAGAAAGCUUCUCGCCAGGCAUUCCGCAAGCUGGACGGACUCAUCCACCCAGACGUCAACUUCUUUGCUUGCGAAAGGUCUGAGCUCACGGCUGCAAGGAUAUUUUUACGCAAACGAGAGAUAGAGGCUAAGUUUGCAGGGGCUUGGGGAAAUGAAAUUGGUUGUUCUCGACCUUCCAAGAAUGGAGGAGGAGCGUCUUCUAAAAUGGUUGGUUUAGAUGGAGGCCCUGGCCCUAACCCCGUCGAAGCCAUCUGUCUAACGUCCAACCAAGCAAAAGUGCCCUCCACCUGCUCCUUCACCACCGCUACGGCCACCAAGCCUCCUACCAUCCGCCCUCAACUAGCAUCUUCCACGGUGAAACAAGGGUCUACAGCCAGCCUCGGAGAAUCGCCGACCAGCAGCAGUUCUGAAUUCCAGGAACUUAAUCGUGACUUGACUACGCCGGCGAAAUUGCUCACCCUCCGCAACAAAGGAAAACUCGAUAACGAAAGGGAUGAUGGCGAGAAGGAAGGCCCACAACAGAUCGACCUUGACGGUUGUCAGGAUCUAUCAGUAUCCGACCUCACACUGGGGAGUUCCCCGUGCCCUAAGAACGCCCCGCUCCCGCCCUCUUUCGAGAAGCUUGCCCUAAAACAGCCACGGCAAACUCUCCACCAGCAACAAUCUGCCAACAUUAUACAAAGAACGAACUCGUUUUUGACAAAUAAUCUGACCCCGCUGUCUAAAACGACCGAAAAUGGAAACUUCGACUUGGAACAUGACAUCCAGAGAUUGAAUAGCGAGCGGUCUCCACAGCGCCCGAGACCAUGGGUUCUCCUUCGCAGCGACAAGCUCUCGAACAGCACACAGGAGCCAGGUGGUACGAAGCACCACACAGAGAACCAGAGGUCAUGUCAAAACCAAACAUUUGGUGAUAACAUGGAAAGCCAUACGAGCAGUCGCCUCACCGAGCUCAACCUAACAGGAGUGGUCAAGCCCGACACACUCAUUCCUGUGUCGCCAUCUUCAACACCAACGGACCAUAUUGGCGGAUUAUCGUCAAGCCCAGAGACGAGGCGGUUCCGAUUCUCAACUCCCCCAUCGCCUGAAACAGUCCGUACGCAUCCUCCGUCUCCUUCUACGAGCGCAUCCUGUGGCACUCACACUGGCGAUGAGGACGAGGAUGAAGCUGAGGAUGAUGAGUUGCUGGAAGACGAGGUCGUGCUUGUCCCCAUUGGCCCCCGGGGACAUCCUUGGAGAAAGGUCUACAAUAUUUAA